GCGCAACCUACUGCAGAUUGUUUGAUUGCAAUCAAGAACUGUUAAACUCGAUGGAUUUGACUCAUUUCGGUCUCUGUUCUGCAACUUGAAAUUACCUUGGAUGAUCAUAAGCACCAUAGACAACGGAGGAGCUAUGGGUAGGUAUAAUAUUGCCACCAUCACACCGCUGAUUGUGCUGCUGUUACUAAUGCACUGGGCAAACGGUAUCUCUGUUAUGAGAGCUGCCAAGUGUGUGAUACCCAAUGGACUAGAACACUCCUCCAGAGCUGUCCUACUGCAGCAAUGUCUCUCCAAGAAUUAUGGCCAGGGCAACGAGACAUCAUGUUAUGAUGAGCUUGGAUGUUUUCCUAUGGACAAGCCAUGGACAAGUUUGCUACGUCCUUUACCCUCCCCCCUCCAUCCAGCAGAGAUAAACGUUCGUCUCUACUGUUACACAAGAGAGUCUCCAGAGAGGUACAACAUUACUCUAUGGCCAGAGAUAGAUCUUGAGGGAUGCAACUUCAACCCUUGUCGUAAAACUGCCUUUGUUGUUCACGGGUUUGCCAGCAACGGCAACAACUCUUGGUUGGCAGAUCUCAAGGAUAACUAUUUGAAAAUGAAAGACGUGAAUGUGUUUCUCGUUGACUGGGGCUCAGGGGCAGAGUUACUGAACUAUCUGCAGGUCGCCUCCAACACAAGAAUAGUGGGUGCUGAAGUAGCAAGAUUCCUAAAGUGGCUGAUUAAAAACAAGGGAUUGGAUUCUGGAGAUGUUCAUCUCAUGGGCCACAGUUUGGGAGCUCACAUCUGUUCCUAUGCAGCCAAAGCUGUGCCCGGCAUUGAGCGGCUUACAGCCAUGGACCCAGCACAGCCAGGCUUUGAAGGAACAGACAAGACGGUUCGGCUAGACAAAGAAGACGCUAACUAUGUGGAAGUUCUGCACACCAACGCAGCCCCCUUCAUACCCUUGUUGGGGUUCGGACUAAUUUUUCCUGUUGGUCACGUAGACAUUUACUUGAACGGAGGUCUCCGACAACCUGGAUGUCAGUUGCCAGACUUCACUGAGAUCAAGAGCAUCAAGGACCUUGCAAAGUUCCCUGUUGAAUUUAUCGGCAAGCUUGUGGCUUGCUCUCAUGGACGAUCGUACGAGUACUUCACCAAUGUUCUGCAGGACGACUGCACAAUCUGGUGUAAAUUGGCCGGCGUUACCAGGCAUCUUCUCAAUGGAGUGACCCUGGGUUAUAUUGACCCGUUGUUCUCCCGGGUCCAGAAAUGUGAUGCCAAGGUCUGUAUUCCCCUGGGACUAGACACUCCGGACUACACUGCUAGAGGGGUGUUUGCUGCAACUACCAGCAACAACUACCCUUACUGUGAAACUGAUCCAAAAGUAAACAGCCGAAUGUUACGAGAGAUUUGUGAAACUAUAGGAGAGGUGACAACCGCGGCGACAGACAUUGUUGAUGGAGUAGUGGAAGGAGUAGCAGAAGGAGUUAAGACAGUAGCAGGCAAAGGCAAGGACCUUGUGUCAGGAACAGCUGACAAAGGAAAGGAUGUCAUAUCUGGAGUGGCAGACAAGGGUAAAGAAGCUGUGUCAAGCAUACGAGGCCUUAUUAGACAUUGAUUAGGAUAAGUAAGUUCUAAGUCAGAUUAAAUCGCUUUUAACUUAA